AUGCUACCGCCCAAGGUUGCACUCCUGGUUCUCGUCUACCUCCUCAACGCGGCUACAGCAUUCAACUCUUACAUCGGCUGCAAUGACACUGAGAUCGCCGCGCUCGACUCCGCCAUCGACGGCGCCAUGGAAUUCGCCAAGAACAUCACCAAGACCGGCAAUUCUCUCGCAACUCUCAAUCCUGCAGCAACUGUGGUUCCUGAUCUCAGCGACGACAACGUGUCUGCGCUCCAGGGCCUCCUCAAGGAGAUUCCGAACCUGAUGCUAGUCUGCGACGAAGACUCCGUUAUGGUACAGGACAAAUGCUCCGUCGGCGGCUUCGGACCGCGCGCGAACCGCGAAGUCGUCCCGAAAUUCGUGUGGCUCGCGGCGACGAUGAUUGGAGUUUGCCCUGCUCCUACCUUUACUUCGAUCGAGGUGGGAGGCGGUCAGGAGGCCGGGAAGCAGAUUGAGGGUAAAGAGGUGGGACUUGCCGAGACGAGCGAACUUGAGGCAAAGGAGAUGCUUUUGGCGAUUAAGGAAGUGAGGUCCUACCUGGGAAGGGUCGAGGAGGAUAGGCGCAGGGGAACGGUCAUGCUAGGAUGA